AGCAACAAGCGACCGCAAGCUAAACACGCCUUUGACAUUUGUGCGCGCUGUGCCCCGUCGACGUCCGGAUACCUCCGCUCCCGAGAUGCCGGAGUUAUAGAACACGUUGCCGGUCCGAUGGUAAAGCGCAAAAAGUCUGGAUCAUGCUCUGCACAGGAAGAAAAGCGCCCCGAAGACCCAUCAACCGAGGCUGGAAAGGAAGGAGACCUAUCGGCUCCCAAUCGCUCCGAGCCCGCCUGCUGUUCAGCUGCUCGCUCGCACUCGUUCCCAAAACGCACCACGUCUCGGUUCUCCGAGCGGGCAAAACAGUUCAGCGGCCGGUGACGAUGUUGCGUCCUCCGAGAAACAGGAGGCCAAAAGUUCAGCGCCCGUGCAGCGCUCAAGUUUGCGCGUCACGAAGCGACCACGCAAGGACGUCAGCCCGCCGCCGAGUUCAUCCAACCCUCCGCCCUCCACCACUGCGGCUGCGAACAAGAAAUCAGUCCGCUGUGUCCAAGCAAGGUGGCGCUGAUGCUGGCAAGACGCGCCGCCCAUGGGAGUUGUGGAGCAUUGAGGACAAGAAUGCCUUUUUUGAAGCCGUUUGUGAGUUUGGGAAGGAUUUCGAGAGCAUUCAAUCGUACAUCGCUCAGCGGAGCAAGAAGAAAGGUGUGCCCGCGCACUGCAUCAAGAACAAGGAUCAAGUACGACAUUUCUACUACAGGACGUGGCACAAGAUAGCGAAGGUCAUGGACAUUGGCGAGGACGUGAAGAAGCAGACACAGGAACUAUACGGACUCAUCAACUACGCGGAACUGCGCAAAAAAUACAGUGCCUGUAUUAAUCAGAAAAGUGGACAGCUUCUCACCGAGCUAGUUCUGACUGGUUCAACCUUGGUGAAAAUACGGGGCAAACGUAUUCGCAUCAAGACUCCAGUGUGCCGAGCCUUAAAGAAAAUCAACAAUGUUGACACGAAGGAUGAGCCACCCAAGCUUCCAGCAGACGUGUGGGUCGAGUUCCGGCCUCGCACCAAUGCCGCCUGGGUGCAGGUGCAGUCUCUGGCUCAAAAUCCUCGGGUGCGCACCAAGACGAGCCUACAGCGCCGACUCUCCAACGUGCUAGAACACUUGCAAUCUCGGUGGAAACCACUUCGUUUGCGACAGAAGGAACAGGCAGUGGCCAGCCUGGCAGGCACAGACUGCAAAUUGCUGGCCUCGAUGGAGCCUGAGGUGGCACAGGAACUGAGGGUCUGGCCCAGCACACCCAUAUCGCCCGUCAGCUUCUCGGCCAUGGCCUCCAGCUUGGACGUAUCCUUCCAGUGCCACCGCAAGAAAGCUGCAACCUUGGCAGACGGGCAGAAGUCGCGCCCCGCCAAACCCACCAAACAGUCUCGCGCCGUUAAGGCGGCAGCAUCUCAGGCGGCUGCCUCAUCUGCAGCGAACGCAAAUGCAGCGCAAGAUUCGACAACAGACACUACCGUUGCCACUGAGCCUGCUCAGCAAAACAGUAGCACUGGUGGUGAGACCUCACAGGGCAGCAGCGUUCCGUCCUCCCCGCCACCACCUGCGGGACAGGUGGAGGAGAAUCCAGAAGACGAGGCUGCAAAGUCGUUGACCCUGCUACGCAGCAUGCUUGAACCCGACCCCCCAGCGACGACGACGACGAGCACCGUGCCGGCUGCACAGAAAUCGGCCGCUCCCGAUCCUGCAUCUUCACCGGUGCCAGUUGCGCCGGCCCCGAUGCCGGCUGUCAUCGAGAGUGUGGAGAGCAUCCUGGCAGAUGGCAGUGCGGUUGCAGGCGGCCUUACGCUGGGCCAGCUUCUGGGCAAGGCCGCUGAGGAAGCUCGCCAGGGCGGCGAAGAGGAAGAGGAUGAGGCUGCAGAGGAGACCAAAAGGAAGAAGAGGGAGGAAGAAGAGCAGGAGGAGAAGAAAAGUCAGCAGGAGCUGGAGGAGGAGGCCAAGAGAAAGGAAGAGGAAGAGAACGCCCGCGAGCGCAGUACUAAGGGAUGGACGGCACAGGAGGCUGGUUUGAUGACCAUUGGCGAACUCUACCUCAUGAUGGGCUGCCCGAGCAAGAUAAUUCUUCAUUACGAUUUUUGUCCUGUGGAGCAAAAAGUUGACAAAAAGUCCAAGAUCAGCCUCGAGUGCACAACUAUGCUUAAAAAAUUGCUCAGCCUUGCAACAGUCAUGUUUGCUGAGAAGAAUAAGCAGGGUCCCCUGUCGCCACCUGCUGGCAGAUGUGGCAGCGGCACUGGAGCAGGAGGAGGGCGGGGCAUUGCGAGUGCAGGUGGCACACCUCCUUCUGGUAAAAGUGGCGGUGCAUCCGGCGGAGCACGUGGUGCCGCAAACGUCGGAGGCACCCCGCCCUCGGGCAAAAGCACGGCAAGUCGCGCCCUGGGUCGUAGCCCGUCUACACGCACGACACAGCGGCCCACGUUGCAGCAGGUACAGCAGGCGCAGGUGCUGGAAAAUGCAGCCGACGGGGCGACGGCCAGCUCGGGCACUGGCACCGACCAACAUGUAUUCGUGGUCCCCAUGGGGUUGGCACCACGGGCUCACAAGCAGGCUGGGGUCCCAGGAGUGUCCACUAACAUCACACAUCAGGAGCAGCUGGAUCGUCUGGUUCCAGGAAACAGAAGAGGCAUGCGGCUGCGCACAACGCGGAAGCCGUUGGUGGUCCAACGGCCCCUACUUCCUCGUGCCGACAGUCGUCCUGUCACACUAGUGCAGCUACUACCCUCAACCCAGGCCACACUGGCAGCCGUAGUGCAGCCCUUGGCAUCGGAUCCCCUGCCCCAAGGCAAAGGGAUCGUCAAGCUCAUUCAUCCAGCAGCUGCCACGAGCAUUGCAGGGGCUACAUUCGACAUGCAGCCCGUGCAAGUGCCACUGAUUGAUGCCAACAGCGUGGCAAUGUCCGUGUCGCCGUCAGGCCAUCCCAUCACCACCAACAGCCCUGCUGUCAUGGAGGCCACCAGCACAUCGACUGUGCUGGUGGCCUCACAACAAGCUCACACGGUGGCUGUCGUUCAGAAUGCGCCACAGACUACAAACCUGGUGGUGGACGAACCACCUGUCCUGACUCUGGCUGAAAGUGCAGAAGCGACCAAGACCCUUCCUGGAGAUGCAUUGGAUGUUGCUUCUGUUGCUGCUGCUUCACCAGUCAGAGUCCAGCCCCUUUCACCACCAAACAUUUCAUCUUUACUAGACAUUUCCUUACCUGAAAGUCUUCCAUCAGAAGGCACGACCGGGCAGAUCUUGGGAGAUGCCACCACACUGCCAAGCCUGGGAUCUGAACUCUCUGGUCUCUCGGCCCUUGAUGCAGACGGCCCUGCAGUCGAGGCUAGCAACCCUCUACCAAGCUUUACUGCAGUUUCGGACUCAAAUCUUGCCGCCGCCUUCAAGCUGGCCUGCGAGGAAGUGUCUGCCACUCCCAUGGAGAAAAGUGCUGUCAUUGACAAGACGGAUGGCUUGACAACACCGCCUAUGAGUCCAUUCAAACGUCCUUCAGCCCCAGAUCCCAAUUGGCUGAAUGGCGAGGGCUCAAAUUUCUCGCUGAGCUCCCUGCUGAACACACUGGACUCGCCACUCAAAGUGACCCCCCCCGUAGGGUCACAGUCAGUGGUGCCUGAGCCCCCUGUCCUAGCCUUGGAGAACUCCAGCCUGGACUCCAUUUCAAGGCUGGCACCUGACGUUGACACCCAGCUGCAGUGCCUCAUGAACGAGAACAGCGUGGACUACGUCGCAAAGUUUGCUGACCUCGCUGCACAGAUUGCCUCAUCCAAUCCGGAGGGCAAAGCCACGUAGCGACUCGGGGGCGUCGUUCUUUCUACUCACUCAUCUGUACAUAGCUGUGUACCAUAGAACUGUUGGAAGCCAGUAAUUUAUUGCACUUUUGUAGUGUUUACUUUUCUCUGGAUGUAAAUAGGACCUGUGCUGUGUGUACUGUGGAACGCAAUACCACGAUGUGGCGCAGACACUUUAAUGUGUGUCACAGGAAGCCCGGAAGGUAUUGCUACUCUGUUUUUCUGCCCUUUUGAUUUUUCCCGUUGCAAGUGCGUAAAGUGUGCACUGUUUGAGUGCAAAAGCUUGGCCGUGCAAGGCACGAGCUGUUGUGUGUGUUGGAACCGUCGCUCUCACAUGUACUCUCAAUGGUCACUGAACACUGAUGUUUGCUGUUGAGCUUGCCAAGACAUCUGGGUUUAUCAGACAUCGCAGCCGGUUCAAUGAAAGGUGUGAGAUAACUGGAAAGAGUUCGCUGUGUGACCGAAUGAGGGCACAUAAUGACACUCAUGCGAGUGCAGCUCUUUCGGGCGCUCGCCAAGCAAGGUACGAGCGAGCUACACCUUCUUUAGUUAAUUUUUGUGUGACAACUAAUGGCAGGAAUAAGACAGAUGAACAUUGCUUCAACAAAGCUGUACCAAAACACAAAUGCCUGUCAUAUCUAGUAUUUGUUAUGAGCAUAUACACAUUGAGUGCUGAUUUUGGCAAUAGUUAGUAUUUACUGUAUUUACUCUGUUGUGUUGCUUACACCAUAUAUAUAUAAACUUGUUAUGUUCGUGUUAACACUGAAAUUUGACUAACUGUAGAAAACACUGAAAUGGUCUGUGCACAUAACACAAGUGCUGAUGCUAAAGUGGCAAAGGCAGCUGUGAAAGUGGCUCUACAAGCACUUGCCUCAACUCACCCAGUUGUUUCAAUGUGAGACUACUGGCAAUGUUCAAACAGUGUGGCAAAGCAUGCCUUCGGGCUCUUGCAUGUUGUCUGUUUCAUCAGCACAUUGCUGUUUCUAUUCUCGAUUAUUGAGGCAUACCAAUUGCGGUGCUCUGGUUCAUCUAGCUCGUACAAAUAGAUCUAGAUAGAUUGAAAACCAGCGUUCGGUGACCUUUGAUAUUGGACGUGUGACGUAAGUAGUAUUGUAACGUGGAUAGAAGUGGUUAACUGCUGUUGCAGUUGUUGAUUUUUUUGAAAAGGUUAUAAUUAUCCUUCAGGCCAAGUACAAAAACCUCUUCUGCAGCUCUCUCAAUAAGCAAAGUAAGCAGGCCACUGUAAAAAGUGUUCUGCAUUUGUGUUUCAUAGUUAUAUUUCACUUUGUUGCAUUUACUCGAAACUGUCUCUUGAGACGACACAUAGGCAAGUCGUUGUGAUUGGGAGUUGCUGCUAUGCACCUGUCAGUUUGGGCAAGAAAUCUUGCACAGUGUUGGCUGCUGGUGUUGAGUGCUUCAGACAAAAGCCUCGAAAAGACCCUCAUCAGACAUCUUUGCAAAUUUUAUUUGUACUGUGGAAGUCUAAGGUGCAUUUACUGCUUAUUUUUGCAGUUCAGUUCAUUACUAUAUGAUGUAGAAAAAAGUUAAAAUGUGAUAAGAUGUAGAAAAAUUUUAAAUGUCAUGUGGCCAGUCACAGCCAACAAAGGCUCUUUGCAGCUCUGUCUUUACUAGCAAUGUCAGCAACCUUCAUUUCUUGCCUUUAAGGCUGCUCGUUCUAUCACUUCAAGUUCCAAUUCUGAAAACUUCUUCAGAUGAAAGAGGUAUUGUAAUGAUUUUCCAAUGGCUCGCAGGAUCAUCUUUGUAUUUAUGUGAAAGACACAUGCUAUUCAUGCUUCCUGUUCAAAGUACGGUAGUGUGUAACGUUGGCCUAUGCAGUGGAAUUCAGAAAAAAGCAAAUUAAACUAUUCAGUUUAUUUUUGUUUCCAUUUAAACAAUGAUAGCAAAAGCCUUAGAAGUUUAUGCUAACUUGCGGGUGUUUCACACAAGAAAGUGCCGUAUUUGUGAACUGUAACCUUCUCGUGCAGUGUAUUUGAACAAUAUGAAACUGGGAAAGUGUACUACAAUUGUAUCAAAGCUUUUUGCCAUGUUGAAGAAGCCAGAUUUUGUAUCUGUAUUGUUUCACCGUAAUAGCGACAAGAGAUCUAUGAAAAAAAAAAAAAAAAGGGCUGUACUACAGCUUUGCCCAAGAGCAUAGCCUCUGAUUACAGGUUUCAGCACGCAGUAGCUUUUGCCAGCCGCACAGUUGUCCAUUAAAUUAGAAGGACCAUGCAUUAACAGAGCAGAACUUCACAUUUUCAGUGCAGCUCACAUCGCACAUACUUUUCUUCCUGGGAUACAAAAUUCUGAUGCAGACUCUAUGACUCGGAAGAAUUCACAUGGCAAUUGUGGCAAAAGUGCAUGAAACAGUUCACCGAGUGUACCAAGCUGCCAUAGUGCAGCGAUUCUAAUUAAGUUUCAUUUUUAGUCGUGCCUCGCCAAUGACCGAGUGCCUUGUUGAUGCGAUUGGUCAGCCCAGGGUUCGUACAGGUUUCAAAGGAGAAAAAUUCAAGGAUAUUCAAGGACUUUCAAGGCCCUAUAGGAACAUUUUCGAGGCCCUCUUCAAUGGGCAAAAUUUUUGUCAAUCUCGAAAAUCUUGAAACGGUGCACUCAGAAGGUCUUACAUUUAUUGCACAAAAAAUAUACACUAGGAAUACCAGGAAAUGAUUCACCGCAUUACAUGAGCAAUGAAGCAGUACAUUGGUACAGAUUUCUUUUGUUUAUGUCAAUAGGAAGAUUGUGUAGAAGGGUUUCUUGAAGGGCUAGUUGGUACAUGAUACUGAGGGGAACAGCCCCAAAAAAAAAUUGGACGGAGAAAGAUUGACAUACGACACAAGCACUGACGAACAACUGUGUGUAAAUUUAUUACACCUGGAAAUAUCUAGCUGAAAACAAGAAUAACCAUCAUGUGCACAUAAAAGUGAAAGGCAAAGAAGGAUCUGCCACGAGUCGAAAUGUACAAGUUAACUACUCAAAAACAUUGUCUCUUUUUCCAGGAGGGCGAGUGAAGGCUCACUGAUGCAAAUAUUCCCUUUCGUCUUGAUAUAAGAGCCUCCUUAAUUUCGCACUCUGUCUUGUUAUGACUCGAGAGUAUCUUGCAUUCAUGAAAGAGCGGGACGCAGCCACACAAAGAGCAAUGGGCUGCCAAGGUGCUAGCAUGUUUUGUUUUUUCUUGAACGACAUCAAGAUGGGGCUCUUUUUGACAAAAUUGGUUUGAAAUAUUUGUCUGGAAACUUACUGACUGAUAGCCGGGCCGAAUGAAUAUACGAGUGCUUCAGGAAAUCUAUUCACUUUGUUAAUAGUAUAACACACUUGACAGUGUACAUGUGUUGCUCUGAGGAAAAUUGGAUAAAGCUGGUCGAUUCCAUAA